GCGACGGGGGGAGGUGGUGUUUGUGCCUGGAGCGCGUUCCGAGUUUGAAUCCACAGCGGCAGCGGCGGCGGCAGCGGCGGCUGCUCGGGCUGGAGCUGCCGCGGGACGUGAGGGCGCAGUCCUACAGGAAGGUAUGAAGGAGAGUGUUGCUGCAGAUACUAAGAAUUUCUUGGAAGAGAAGAAACCAAACACAAAAACCACUGCUGUUUGAUACGUGACCCUGGACAGUUCAUAAAUUUCUGACAACUUAUAUCAAAAUUACUAUGGAGGAUUUCAACUGACAACUACUUUUUAUCAACCACUACUUAAAAGGGCUAAGAUGGAUAGCACAGAGGAACCUCAGAAAAAAGUCUUUAAAGCACGAAAAACCAUGAGAGUAAGUGAUCGGCAACAACUUGAAGCUGUCUAUAAGGUUAAAGAGGAGCUGUUGAAGACAACUGAAGUGAAACUGUUGAAUGGAAAACAUGAGAAUGGUGACUCUGAUAUAAAUUCCCUUUUAAGCAAUACAGAUAGUACAGAAGUCAAGAAAGAAAUUAAUGGUGUGGUUGACUUGUGUGUGAACUCUGAAGAAGGAAGAACAGCUUGUGAUGAAAUUAGUGAGACCAAAAGCCCUGAAAGUAGGGCAGGAAACAUGGCCAAUGACAUAGAAUCCAAACCUCUAGUGCUGUCUUCAGAAAAUGUUACUCUUGAACAAGCUAAAGAUACUGACAUUGCAGUAAAAUGUGAGGCUGAAAAUGGAGUUGGUAGCAGUAAAGAUAACUUCCAUGAAGAAAAUAAUAAAAAAGAUCAUUUGGACCAAAGAAAGAAUGAUAUGCCAUUGGAAGGUGAAAGUAAACCAGUCUGUGAUAUUAGUGACUCUUCUGAAGAGAAGGGAGAAACAAAUUAUUUACCUGUUAAUUCCAGUUCAUCUGGUGAUGAAAAGAGGACUGAAGAAGUAACUCCUGAAGAGGUUGUUGGAGAAGCAGCCAUCUCUAGCAGUAUGGAAGCUGACGAGGAAAAACAAGAAGGCAGUGCAGGACCUGCAGAAACCACUGUUUCAAAGACAGUAGAUGAGCCAAGUGAAAGUAUCUUGGACAAUGCAGACUCUAUGGAAACAGAUGACAUUAUUCCAAUUCUGGAAAAACUAGCCCCUGCUGAAGAUGAUCUGAGCUGUUUUUCUAAAAGUUCUCUGCUUCCAGUGGAUGACACAGUCCCAGAUUUAGAAGAGAAAAUAGACAAUUGUUUGGGUUCACCAUCCAAGCAGGAAAGCAAUGAAAGUCUGCCAAAAGAGGCUUUCUUAGUACUGUCUGAUGAAGAUGAUCCCUGUGAUGAGAAGGAGGAACUUGUUGAAGGGAUAUUGCCGAACAAGUCAAGUCUUCCAGAAGAGGUGGAGGGGGAGAGAAAAAAGGAAUGUGAAGAUAAGGAAGGAGAAGAGGCCCACAAAGAAGAGGAGAUACAAAUAGAGAAAAAUGAAGCAUCAAAGAGAAAGCGUUCCAAAUCUGAGGACAUGGACAAUGUUCAUUCUAAACAUCGUCGGUACAUGGGAGAAGAUUAUGAAGCAGAACUCCAAGUCAAAAUUACAGCCAGAAAGGAUGUUGACCUAAAAUUACAAAAGAUUAUCCAGAGACUGUUAGAAGAAAAACUUACCGCUUUACAGUGUGCGGUAUUUGACAAGACUCUGGCAGACUUGAAAACCCGAAUGGAGAAAGUAGAAUGCAACAAGAGGCAUAAAACUGUGCUUACUGAAAUGCAGGCUAAAAUUGCAAGAUUGACAAAGCGUGUUGGAGCAGCCAAGGAGGACUUGAAGAAGAGACAGGAAAAUGUGGCAAAUGCACCUGUAUCUCCAGGGAAAGCAGCACCCGACCCUGCAAAUGUAAACAAUGCCACGUAUCGAAAUGCUGGCACAGUAAGGCAGAUGCUGGAGUCAAAGAGGAAUGUAGGAGAGAGCACACCAGCAACUUUUCAAGCCCCUGCAAAUCCAGUGCCUGCUUCCAGUCUUGCUGCUUCUCCAGCAGUUGUCAGUGGACAUCCUAAGCUUCAGACUCCAGUGUCCUCCACCAGCUCUUUGACAACAGCAGUGCUUCCCACAGCUAACACGGCUACAGUUGUAGGCACUAACACAGUGCCCACUGGCAGCACUCAGUCAGUGUCUGUCUCAUUGCAGUCUUUGCCUGUAAUCCUGCAUGUACCUGUGGCAGUGUCAUCCCAGACUCAGCUUCUGCAAGGCCACACAGGGACUUUGGUCUCUAACCAGCCCUCAGGCAACGUUGAAUUCAUAUCUGUACAAAACUCGUCUACAGUUGGUAGCCUUACCAAAACGACAGUGUCUUUGGCAUCAACUAACACAACUAAACCAAAUAACAUCCCACUUGUGCCCAGUCCUGGUAUUCUAAGGAACUCUACAGCCAGUGCUGGGUCAGUAGGCACAACGUUGGCAGUACAGGCUGUUCCUACUUCACAUCCUGUUGCCCAGACCACAAGGACUUCUUUGCCCACAGUGGGUACUCCAGGACUUUAUAAUGCGACUGCCAGUCGAGCGCCCCUACAGAUGAAGCUUCCUCUCCCUGCAUUUAAUAGUACAGCUCCUACUGAACCACCCACCAUUGCAGCACCCAAGACUGAAAACCAGACAAGCAGGCCACCAACAGAUACUUCGUCAAACAAGCGACCUGCUGAGGGAACAACACAGCAGUUGAAACAGGAAGAGACUCCAUCAGAAAAUAAAGAAGCAGUAGAAGCAGCACAGACGAAUUUUAACUUCCCUGAGGAUGUUCUCUUUGGCUUGGAGGAAGAGGAAGAGGAUGCUAAGAGCAUCAAAAACACCCACAAGCAGACUGGCUGGGCAGCUAACCUAUUAAAACAGUGGCUGGCCAAAAAUGGCAAGGAUCCUAGCUUUGAAUUGGUCCCAAGCGGGAAGUUCACAGGAAGUGAAUCAGGAGGUGUCAUUGAUCUUACACUGGAUGAAGAGGAUGACAGCUGCUCUCAAGCAGAUGGCAAGAAGCAGAAGCAGAACCAGAGCCAGGCACCGGUGCCAGGACUGAGCAUACCCAGCCAGCCCUUGACUCGACCCCUGCAGCCUUUGCCACCUUUGCAGCCAAGCCCUGUGCAGCAGCCAGGUGUGCCAACAAGUGGCCCUUCCCAGACCACCAUCCAUGUAAUACCAACAGCUUCGACAGCGGUGAAUGUAACUCAUCGGCCUGUGGCUCCAGCUAAUCCCAAGCUUCCUAUCCCAAGAACCCCUGCUAACCAUCAGGUGGUCUAUACCACUAUUCCUGCACCACCAGCUCAGAAUCCUGUAAGAGGAGCUGUCAUGACCAGCCCAGGCUUAAGGCCAGUCACCCCACAGACUGGAGGUGUGACCGUGCGGAUGCCUCAGACAACCUACGUGGUGAACAGCGGGCUGGCUCUGGGCUCGGGAGCGCCUCAGCUCACGGUGCACCACCGACCGCCGCCGCAAGCGCACACGGAGCCACCACGCCCCAUACAUCCCGCUCCACUUCCAGAGGCACCACAGCCACCACGUCUGCCCCCCGAAGCUGCCAACACUUCUCCACCUCAAAAGCCACAGCUGAAGCUGGCCCGGGUACAGAGCCAGAAUGGGAUUGUGCUGUCGUGGAGCGUGAUGGAGGUGGACCGGAGCUGUGCCACCGUGGACAGUUACCACCUGUAUGCCUACCACGAGGACCCCAGUGCCACCAUGGCCUCGCAGUGGAAGAAGAUCGGGGAGGUGAAGGCGCUGCCGCUGCCCAUGGCGUGCACGCUGACGCAGUUCGUGUCUGGCAGCAAAUACUACUUUGCAGUGCGGGCUAAGGAUGUCUAUGGACGCUUUGGACCCUUCUGUGACCCCCAGUCCACAGACGUGAUCUCUUCCCAGAGCAGUUAAACUAGAGAUCUUUGGACCCUUUAAACCUGUCCUGCUAUCAAGAAUUACCCCAGGUUUGGGAGGAGUUGAUCCCAUGCAUGUAAUUCACCUUUAAAUCCACUCUGCAGGAUUGUUUUAGACAGUUGUGUGAUACACUACAUGCACUCAGAACCAAAAGAAAAAUAAAGUCUGACCUGCAGCAAGAGAGCCUGUUUUUUCUAAAUAGUUCAUGCCAUUGGCUAUUUGAAAAUUUUGUUUUUCCUUCCAUGACAGGUGUUGCACCUAGAUACCUACUAUCCUUUAUCCAAGAGCAUCCUGAAUGCCUGGGGUUCUGCUUCAGAAUGGAAACAAAAUAGUAAAUUGCAGUUUGUCUAAAGUAAAAAUAUAUACAUCUGUAAUGUCUAUUGAGACACCAACACAAGGGCAAAAACAAUCUGCCUCUUGCUUCCCCCAGCAUUCUGUGAUGUGACAUGAAGGGUGAUUCAAGGUCUCACUUUUUGUACUGGAGGCUUGAGUGGUCUGGUCUUACCUUACAAAUUGUAAUAAGCUCUCUGAGGGGAGGGAAGGGAACUUGAGUCUGGCCAGGAACCCAUGUAAAUUUGGAGGUGGUGGAGAAAAAAGAAUAAUCAACCCACAACCUCCUACCUCUUCUAAGUAAGAAUGCUCCUCUAUUUUCACUAUCUUCCCCUACUCAUCCUGGGAGCAUUCCCAGAUCUGAAACUGGAUUGUAAAGUCUCCAUUCACACCUUGAUAGUUCUGGCAGUUUCUCUGUCCCUCCCCUCAUACAUCCAGCCCUAUUUUUUAGAUUUAUUUUGUGCCUUAAAGAAUAAUUUCAGAAAUAAAAUGUAGCCAGAUACCUUGUGGUGUUCUUUUAUUUGCUUGGAGUUAUUUUUCCUUUUACCCUUCUAGUCUUUUAUCAGUGCUUCUCAAUUUCCAGGCCUGCAGUAAUUGCUAUUUAUGUAAAGACAAGAAAGUGUAACAUCUGCUGAUUGUGAAUUUGUUCUUAUCUGCAGUAUCACUCAACCCUUUCCUUACUGAGUAGUUGUUUUUGUCCUGUCAAGAAUAUUGAGUAUACAGACAUUAUUUUCCACCAGAGCCUUUCCUGGUUCUUUUGGGAAAGCUGCAAUUCAGCCAAAGAAUAAAUCCCCGUGGUGCAGUGCCAUGAAAGCUUCUGCCUGUUUGCACUCGUUUGGAUGCUCAGUGAGUACAAAAGGAGGAGCUGCUUCCCAGUGUGCUUCUCUCUCCCCUCACCUGCCUGUGUCUGCAGAAAGCAGACAUAGCCAAGGGGGUUUUAGAAACUGUUUUAGACACUGGCCUGAACCUUGUGAGCGAUUGCAAAUGUUAAUAGAUGCUUCCAUGAUGUUUCUGAGCUGAGAAAAGAAAUUGGUGCAUCUCCCCUGCUGUCAUUGACUUGUUAAACUUGGUUUUUGUAGAACAAAAUUGUAGCGCAUCUGGACAAGAAAGUAGAUGUGAGGAUUGAAUUUUGGCAAUUUUCAGUUGCAUUCCUAUCCAGUAGAACCAAACAAUGGGUUUAGAGGGGAAAGAUAUUUUUUUUAAUCCACUUCACCAUAUAGCAAAGCUGCAGACUAUGACAUUUUUCAUUUCAGUGCUCUCUUUCUCAAAACCAGCAUGCUGAAGUGUGAAGCAAGAUUGAAAAAGUAUCAGAGAAGUUAAAUCCUCAAACAGGGCUGAAAUAUUCUAAGAGAUAAUGGGUUCUGUAGCUGUGGUUCCUUUGUUUAGAACCUUUAAAAUGAAAGAAAUGCCAAUGUAGACGUCUGUCUGAUUUACUGCACUGCUUCAUGUAGCUGGGAGUGUCACUUCUCUCAGGUGAGUUAUGGAUAUUCUCUGUAUGAAAACUUGCAUUUUAAAGUUGAUUUCGGCAAGCAAAAAUUCUGGCUAAAUCCAAGUAUCCUCAGAGGAGGUUCACACUGUGUAUGAACAAUGUGUAACCUUUCCUUUGAUCUGCAGUUGUCCCUGUACUUCUGGUGCUAUUAUCAAAAACUCCUUGAAUUUUUCUGUGUUUAAGUAAAUGUUCUGUUUGCUUAUUUUAAGGAAUAAUUACUUAAUAAUGCAUUUAGAUUGUUUGUGGAAAUAGACUAAAUUAUGGUCCUUAUAAAGACAGUUCUGUAAUAGAGAUUAGAACAGUUAUUUCCAGUUGAUGGCUGUCAAGUCCUUGCACAAUUUUUUGUUAAUGUGUCUUUGAGGUGGUACCAAAGAGCCUUUGGCUGUAUCAGUAGUAUGAAAUUUUACAAGUUGAAAUAAGCAUGAGGAUACAACCUAGAACUUCAUUUUAGUUGUGAUUCCAGCCCAAACAAUAAGUGAGCUUUGUUAUAGUUUGAGCUUCCAUUUAGAUAUCCCUAGUUAGGUUUGUCUCCUUUGGGAUAGGCAGGGGGUGCAAGUCCUGCAUCAGAGUAUUUUCUUUCCUCCAGUGGAGGUAUUAAUAGGGAUGGUGUGUCAUUCCAUUUGGAGGUUUUGUGGCUGCAUCAUUAGAGAAAGAAGAUUCAUACUUAAUUACUAAAGAUUUAGUUCUUUACUGAACUGACUAAAAACUGGCUUCUGUCUUACCAGAUCCAUUUCUAGCCUGUAUGGCAGCAGUUCUGGGUUUUUGGCAGGAUUUUGUGAGACACCUUUGUUGACCAAAGACGUUGCAGCUCUGGAGUGAAUGAUCACUUCCCUGUUGUUUCAUCCCUGCAGGGCUGUUAAAGGUCGAAUUCCAGUAUCUUGAGCAAGUACUGGUGGAGAAGUGUGUGAUAAAGCACACCUUGACUUUGAGAUGCCUGGUUUGGUGUGGAGACCUCCAAGGGAGCUGGUCCCUAAAUCACUGAUGCCCAAAGAGAAAACUAUGCCAGUUUUGUGCAGUCACUGUCACUGUGGAGCAGAUCUCUGCAGUGAGUUGCUAAUAAACAUGAGUAGUGCUUAACUCCUUACCUCAUGGCAGUUUUUCCCAUGUAGUCGAAUGGCUGAUGGUUUUAUUAUCUUUCACCUCCCAGAAUGAUUAAAACUAUUGAGAAGCUUUCUGCUAGCAACAAUCAACCAGAACAAUUUGUUUCUUUUAUAGACUUUAUUUUAAAGUAUUACCAAAAUAUUUGGCAACAUUCAGUACAAGUCUGUUAAUACUGUGCUUCUAGACUGGUCUCUUCUUUAAUGAAAAGCAUCAAUCACUGAAGCCUUCCAAGAAUCCACUUUUAAAUAUGCUAAAAAUUUCUAUAUGGUUUUUAAGUGGAAUUGUUGAGUUUGGUUUCUUCUCCGCACUUAAUGCAAUUUUUUCCAUCUUUCAAUAGCUUGGUAUAAAGUUGUUCCUGACUCUGUGUCUGAAUUCUGUGAUUCUGUAUUUUGCUGCUGCCUCUGGGCACAUGACAUUUCAGCAGUACUGCCUUGGACUGAGUUGCCCAUGUUUUAGCAAAUACUCCACUGACUACAGCUGUGUUUUCCAUCCUCAUUUACUUUUGGGUGUGCUUUAGGUUUGAAUUGUUUUCUCUGUGUGUGAUACAAGGGCAUCUGGAUGUCCAGGUUGAAAGUAAUUUGAGUUAGUGCAUUUACUUGGAGAGUAGCCCUGCUGUGGAGUGCUGAUGGCAAAAUGGCAUUCUGCAUUUCUCCUACUUACAGCUUCACUGGCCUGUUUUAUUGCUGUAUGGUUAAAAAACUAUUGGAUACAAAAACAUAAAUGCUGGGAGGGGACAGACUGCAGACUGCAGGCAUCAGUACUGUCUCCAGUGCCAGCUUCAGAAAACACAAGGAUGCAGCUCUCUCAGCCUGUAAUUAUUUCCAUGCUCUGAGCACCUUCCCCUAUGCAUUGGUCUGACGUUGCUCCUUGGAAUUGUUUGUGCUGCCCUUGGCCAUGUUAGAUCACUGAGCACAAGCACUGACGCCCAUUCCCAAGGCUUUUAGCACAAGGCUGGAAACACUAAUGGUGUUCUCCCUGUAAAAUUAAGGGGUCUUAUCCUGUUUCCAUUGAAAACAAAGACAAGACCCCUCAGUCUUCACUGGGACCAUGACUCAGCUCAAUAAUAGGAUCUGAACAUCAUUUUGUACUGUAACAGAAAUAACCACUUCAGCUCUUCCUUGAUGUUGUUAGUCUUAAAUGUACAGUAAAUAAAACCAAUAUUAUAUAAAGGGAUGGGUCACGUCUGUUCCUGCUCCCAAGACAGCCAUUCCCCAGGAUGAGUAUUGCAUACACUGUACAAAAUCAAGCUGUGAUUCUGCCUUCUUAUACACCCCUUGAGUAUUCUCCUUUUGUCAAAAAUAUCUAUGCAGAUAUUUUAAAUAGAAGCUUGAUAUAUUAAAUAUAUAUUUUUUUAAUUCGUUGAUUUGGGUAGGGGUGGGCAUUGUAUGAAAACACUGGAGGGAGAAGAGAUUAAAUGACACUAAGCCAGCCCUGCCAUGCAAAUCUAUUCCCUUCCAAACACCUUCUGAGAGGAGAAGGAAAAAUAUAAGGAUAGCUAGGAGAAAACAAAUCAAUGAAUUUUCCUUUUCAUCCCUUUUAAGUUAAAAAGGCAUCUUUCUUUCUCAUUAUCAUUAUGGAGGCUGAGCAUUCUUUUCUUCUUUUAUAUACAUAUGCCUAUAUAUAUGUACAGACGUGUGUAUAUAAAUACAUACACACACACACAUAUAUAUAUAUUUGUACUGCUGUCUUAAACUAAUAGGGUGUAGCUGUAAAUAAAAUAGCUAAGUAGUAGUUGUUCAGGGAUUCCUGUUCAGCUUUAGUAAUUUAUUGGUCAUCAGAAGUCAAAUGUGCAAAAUCCUUUGUUGAAAAAUUCCAAAUCUGAUUUCUUGUUUUGUUUUGCAGCUGGACUUGUAAAUACAAAAGAAAAAAUGUAGGACUGAUUUAAUGUCCACUUUAAACUGGGCAGUUGCCAGCUUUCCCCAUUUUUGUAUGUACUAUAGAUUAGCGUGUGUCUGUGUUAACUGUUAGUGGGGUUUUGUCUGACAAGCCUGGAAUUUAUACUUUGAAAUAAAACUACUGGGUUUUUAA